GAGCCUACCGACUACACCGUGCAGCACUGGUAGUGCAGAGCCGCAAGCGCGCUGCACGUUUUCUAGGCUCCUCCUACUGGGUAGGUACCUAGCUGCGAAACUGCUGGGCCUGCUGUGCCAGCGGUGGACGCCAUGGAAAUUUGAUUACCGUACUGUAUUAUUGCCCGAGGUUGAUUGAUCGUGGCGCCAAGACCAGGCAGGCAAGAUCAGCACGAAUUGCUGGGAGGAGGAGCUUGUGCUUUGCUCUAUCUUGGUCCAGGAAUUUCCUUUUCACGAUGCAGUCUCCGGUAACGGGCCCGGGACCACCGGUGGUUGUUGCGCAAUUGCCAGUUACGGAGAGUGAGGCUGUGCAACAAACGGCGAUUCUUGCAGGCGCCAAAGUGUUGUCAGGAAGCCUGCCAGGGCUGGUGUCUCAGGUGGCGCGCACAAGUAGUGGGUCUCAUUCAGCCCAAGUGGUCCCCACCGGGAAGGAGGACGGUAUCCUGAGCCCUGUGUCCCUCAGUUUUGAGGGGGACCUGCCGAUCAUCCCCAAGCUCGCCCUGCCGCGCCUGGCUAAGCCCGCCUCCCUCAUGAGGACAGCCUCUGCGGACCAGGAGAAGCACAAGGCGGCCAGGAGGGCCCCUCAUGUUCGGAUUGCCCCCCACCCCGCAGGGCUGGCAAAGCUGCUAGGGAUGGACAAGCUGCCGGAGGUGGAGGAGGGCGCUCGGGAGACAGAGGAGUCGGGCACGGCGGAUGGGACGGUCCCCAUUAUGAAGCUGUGCCAAGUGUGCAAUGCCUCCCCCGCUGUGGUGUACUGCGCUGCGGAUGCAGCUUGCCUGUGUCAACCCUGCGAUGUAGAGAUUCAUUCCGCCAAUGCUUUGAGCAGCCGGCAUGAGCGGGUGUCGUUGUUGGGGGUGAAGGAUGCCGUGCUGUGCGAGGCGCAAGCGGAAACCGGCUGCGUGAGUGCGGAGCACACAGUGACGCUGUCCAGCAGCUCCAAGAGCAGCCGAGCCAAGAGGGCCAGGACGCAGGGGGCCACUAGCUCGGGCGGCUCUGGGGAGGACCUGGGCAUGAGCCCCUCUUCACUGGAUGCGCAGGAGGUUCCCAGCAGGUGGCCUGGGGAGGAGUACUCGUCCUACGGCGGCCUCACUGAGAAUGACUUGAUUGCCAUGGAGAUGCCGGACCGCGGCGCGCAGGACAGCAUCCUGGAGUCGCUCGGGGAUGAGAUGUGUGAGAUGGAGGAGAGCAUGGAGGGCAUUAUGUACGGCAUUGACGGCAUCACGGCCAUCCCGCAGCUCGACCUGGGCAGCUUGGGCCGCUCCAGCGGGGAACUCCGCAAUGGGAGUGAGCAUGCGGACGCAGGCGCAGGGUCCGAUAGCAGCAGCAUGGGCGCGGGGUCCAUGUCGCACUAUGAUCAGUAUGGGCCGGAAGUCAAGUACGAGUACGGGCUGGAGGGCCUGCAGGAGAUGCGGCACAGGGGGGCGGAAGCGGAGCAGCAGGCGAGCUACGAGAGCAGUUAUCGGCUGGACGACCAGGCGGCCUUCCAGCUGGGGCUGCGCCUGGGGGAGAGCAACGCAGGGCUGGACCUGGCCGCGGGGAAGGGCCCCAAGAUGGGCCUCAGCCUGGACUUUAGCGACAUCCUGAGCGCCUGGUCCGACAAGGACGUCUGGGCCGACGGCCGCUACGCGCAGCUUGUCCCCGAUACGGGGAGCCCCCUCGACUGCCUGGCCCCUGCUGCAUAUGACCAUGGCGUGGUCCCGGAUUUGGGCAGCCAGCGCAAGCGCGAGGGGGGCACGUAUGCUGGCGCGACUACAGGCGAUGAGGGGCCCGUUCUGAAUAGGAAGGAGCGUGUUGAGCGGUACAAAGAAAAGCGCAGAACCCGCGAGUUCUGCAAAAAGAUCCGAUACGAGGUCCGGAAGGCGAAUGCAGAGCGACGGCCGCGCAUCAAGGGCCGUUUUGUGAAGCGGUCGGAGUGCAUUGCCAUGGGACUGUCCAUGUUCUAGGGCCAGCGCCAUCAUUCCCACACUGUGUACACUAGGCCCUGGUAGCGCGUUUGUAGGGGGCUACUCAUUCAUUCUUCCGCAUGUUGAAGGGAGGGAAGGUAUUUUUUUCGAGCAACUGCUUAGAAAUACAGCGCAGUGCUGCUCCACCUAAGGGUUGUUUCUUGUGUCUGGUUGGGACGAGGUCAAAGGUUUGUUUGAGUAGGGGUUCGCUGUUCACCAGUUGCACAUGCAUUCGUCUGUACAUGAGCUCCAAGUUGGUCAGCGUGCACAUUCGCACAAGUAGAAGCAUCCUUAAAAACAUUUGACAAGUUAGGCGGCUGAAUACAGGCCUAGACGCUGUUGUGUUCGUUGAGGAAAGAUACUGAUUGCGAUGAAAAAUGGAGAGCAAGUUUUGCUAGAGUAGAGGAAGUAUGUUGCUCCACCCAGAGCAUGUUGCUCAAUCAGUGGAACUCGUGCUUGAGAACAUUGGUCCAGGGGCUAGAAACAUGAAAAUUGACGUUUUAGAACGAUCUGGAAGACCUUCUAUUGUAAGGGGUUGCUGCAUGCCUGUGCUCUGAUGGACUUAAGAGAAUCCGAACUGCAAGUACAAUUACCCUCACAUUCAGC